AUGGUGCAUCUCUCACUCUCUCUGCCUCAUAAAUGGCUUCGACGAUGCUCUCUCUUGCCUCUGCAUCUGCCUCAGCUUCAGCAAGCUAAUCGCAAGCCACCAUUAACAUCAAUCCACUGUGGAGUCCUUCUGUUCUAUUGGAUCACAACUGAUACUUCUAUUUUGGACAAAUCAUUAGAGUUGGGUAAAAGGGGUUCAACUGCAGUUACAGCAAUCUUAAUUGAUUUUCAGAAGCUGGUGGUAGCUAAUGUUGGAGAUUCAAGGGCUGUCGUCUGCAAGAAUGGUGUGGCCAAACAAUUGUCAGUUGAUUAUGAGCCUAGAAAGGAAAGGACAUAUAUCGAGGACAGAGGUGGUUUUGUAUCAAAUUUUCCAGGUAACUAG